AUGGCCCAUGGAAAUUAUUCAGUGGUGUCUGAGUUCACCCUCCUAGGGCUCACGGAUAAUCCAGGGCUUCAAGUCAUUCUCUUUGGUGUAUUCCUGCUCAUCUACUUAGGUAGUGCAUUGGGUAAUCUUGGAUUGAUGGUGCUAAUCCAUAUCAGUCCUCAGCUUCACACACCCAUGUAUUUUUUCCUCACACAUCUGGCUUUCAUUGAUUUCUGCUUCACCUCCUCUAUCACCCCAAACACUCUUGUGAAUUUUCUGCGUGAAGUGAAAAGUAUAACAUUCUAUGCCUGUGCCAUGCAGGUAUGCUGCUUCAUCAGCUUUUUGGUGUCUGAGCUGUUUUUGCUCUCCAUCAUGGCCUACGAUCGAUAUGUCGCCAUCUGCAAUCCUCUACUUUAUGUCGUUCUCAUGCCAAGGGGUCUCUGUAUGCGAGUCAUGGCUAGCACAUACAUGUAUGGAUUUGCUGUGGGUCUUGCACAAACCCUGGCAACGUUUCAGUUAUCCUUUUGUGACUCCAAUAGGCUCAACCACUUCUACUGUGAUGAUGUGCCUCUAGUUGCUCUGGCCUGUUCUGACACAAGUAUCAAAGAGAUGAUGCUACUAAUCAUUGCUGGGUUCAAUACCCUUUGCUCUCUAUUAAUUGUGAUCAUUUCCUAUGUCUUCAUCCUGUUUGCCAUCUUGAGGAUGAAAUCUGCUGAAGGGAGAAGGAAAGCGUUUUCUACCUGUGCAUCCCACCUGACUUCCCUCACAAUAUACUAUGGGACAAUCAUUUUUAUGUACCUACAGCCUAAGUCCAGUCAUUCACUGGACACAGAUAAACUUGCUUCUGUGUUUUAUGUUGUAGUGAUUCCCUUGUUAAAUCCACUGAUCUAUAGUUUGAGGAAUCAAGAAGUGAAAAAUUCCCUGAAGAGAGAGGGGGGACCAAGAUGGUUUGAUCCCGUUUUGACCGGUUUGAAGCAGUCUGAUCCGGCUCUAACCGGUUAUUGCCAGUUUGAUCCGGUUCUAACCGAUCAGACCGGUCAGAAUGGGAUCAAACCGGUUAGAACCGGAUCAAACCGGCUAGAGCCGGAUCAAGCUGUUUCGAGCCGUCAGAACCAGAUCAAACCGGUUAGAACCGGAUCAGACCGGUUCAAACCGGUCAGAACGGGAUCAAACCGGUUCGAACCGGAUCAAGCCUGCUCGAACCGGAUCAGACCGGAGCAGAGAAGCUCCAUCCCGCCAAAGCCGCCUGGCACCAGCAGCGCGACAAAAGGACCUGUCAGCAGACCACCUGCCCGAUCGCGAUCGCAACAACCCGGGUCCCAGAGACAGAGGGGGCUGCCUGCAGAUCACCCGCGCACUCAGACCCACCGGAUCUCUACAACCCGCGAAGAAGCCGCCUGA